AUAACGUGAUUGUCCGACUGAUUGUCCUAUUGUGUCACUCCGCAGGUAUACCAGACUGUCUGGGAACACUGCGCUCUCGCCGAAAACAUGCGGAUUCCGGAAGGGCUGUUGCUCGUGCUCGCCAGCCUGCCGCUUAUGACGUCAUCGCCUGCCACGCGUCAAUCAGCGGCGUCUCCGUCGGCGACGCACCACCCUCGGCGGACGCGGUUGCAGCAUCCGUUCGGCAACGGAUCCCCCGUCGAACGUGUGCUUCGCUCGGACGGCGGUCCAGGACUAGUACUGGGUCGUGCCAUCGUGGUCCGGGACUUUCGCAAGAACCACCACCACCGUCGGCAGCACAACAAGCAAGACGACGACGCCGAAGACCAGGACCAGCGGCCUCGACGCGACUGGUGCCGCACAGCCCCGCUAGUGCAGCGCGUCUGGGAGCGAGGCUGUCAUUCGGCGUUGCUACGUAACCGCUACUGUUACGGACAGUGCAAGUCCUUCUACGUUCCGCACGGCUACAACGUCGCGGUCGCCGGCGCCUCGGACAGGAACAACGGCACGGCGACGUCGCUGAAUGCGGUCGGGAUAGGACGCGGAGGCGCGGCGGCGUUCGUGUCAUGCGCCGCCUGCAAGCCGGUCAAGUUUCGGCCGGUCCGCGUCACAUUCGUGUGUCCCGGCCAGAAACCGCCGCUCCGCAAGAGGACGCUGCGGCGGGUGCAUCGGUGUCGCUGCCUGGCGGCCGACUCGCCUUCGUGACGUCACUUCCGGCAGGAGUGAGGAACAUUAGCCGACGCGUGCGACUGCAAUGUCACUUUUGUCUGGAGUCAGAAGGCAUAUAUGCGUUGGCUGCGGCGAUGGUGUUUCUUUGGGUACCUUGCUAACCUCGCUGUAAGUAUAGUGGUCGUGUCUACUGUUCUUACAGUACCGUUCGCAGGACUUGCAGCACGAGGUUGAACAUGGACAUCAUCGUGACGUCACUUCCGCCCGAAAUGAGUACGAUAAUCGCCCGUGCGACUGUGUGAACAAUGGUAGCGAGAUUCAAUGUGUUGCGCUCAUGGCUUGAGCCGUGGCAAUAUUGUCAUUGCGGCGAUCACAGAUCACAGCCCGAAGGCUCCACUGCGGACAUGAUCGUGGGACGGGGCUCCGCAUCGACGCGUCCCCGAUGUAUCCUGUUCCGUCUGCAACUUGUUUUUCGCUCGGACGAAAACAACGUGCAAUCACUACCCUCAACGCUUAUACAUUCCAAAAGUGUAUCAGUGCCAAAUAAGCCUUAUGACUAUACAGUAUGUAUAUUGUGGAUGCCGAUAUUCGCGUGUGCCUGCUUGAAUUGGUGGUGCGCGGUGCGUGCUGCUGCAGCCUUCAAAGUGUCUUCACAUCUACAAACAUAUAUUUCUUUUUUGUUUGUACGUUAUAGUUCCAUGGAAAUAUAGUAUGUGUGUCUGCCCUCUUAAGUACACACAAGGACCAUGACGUGAAAUUAGCUGGAACACUAGUACAGACCUCAUGUUCUUGUCACGUCUUCAACAUGGUAGUGUUGACUACACCAUCCGUGAACCGUAUGUUGUACAUGUCUCUGGUACAUUCUGUCAUGCUUCAAUGGCUGGUACGAGUAUUUAUGGGUUACAUAUUUCUACAUCUACAUGUGUUAUAGGGACUUAUAUGCGCACUGUAUAAUAUGGUUAAAAAAGAUCUGUAUGCUUCAUAUACCCUGUACCAUACCCCUAUAUGAUCAUAUGGUAUACUGUAUGGAACCCCCUUCCCCCAUUAUAGUCCCCAUAAACCAAUAUGACCAUAUAGGAUUAUGGUGCGGAGCAUACGGGUCUUCUUCAAUAGGAUGUCCAGAGUCGUGAACCUAUGUACGUUAAUUGUGCUAUAUUGUGUGUUUUACUUCAUUUUAAAAUUCGGGUUCCAUCAAAAGCUAGCAAGAUAUGCUUCACCAGUUAUUGUUUUCGUAGCCGUGAAGGCACUGCUUUGUCGACUUUCAUUUUCCGGUCUGUGGUUCGUGGUCACGAUCAGAAAAAUCUCUUCAAUCUUAUCGAACUGGGUAGUUUUUAUUCUGGAUUAGACAACACGGCCGCCAAAAUUCAGCUGAGCACCCAGAUGGAGUGUGUGUCUGGACAUCGCUAGGGAGCACUGGUUCACUAGUUGAUACGUCACUGGUUGGGCAUAUUCGAAUAUACCGCAGCGGGGGCUCAGUGGCUUUCACGUUCUGCUGCUGAGCCCGAGGUGGCAGGUUCGAUUCCCGUCGCAUCUGGUUACAUUUAAGUGCACUUUGAAGACACCCGUGUAGUCAAAUUUAAUCCUGAGCUCCUCGCUAAGAUGUCUCUCAGAACCAUAUUGUUGCUUUGGGACUUUAUCUAUCUAUC